UGACCAAACACCCAUGGUGAGGUCUGUUCGUUUCCAACUUGAACCUACUAUACUUGACCUCACACUACAUCCCUUUAACCGAACUCAAUGGUGUCGCUAGCUUUCUCUAAGUACUUUACAAGGACCUUCAAGCAUAUACGCCCCUCUACGCGUCUGCAAAGCCGUAGAAAUGUUUCAACUUACAACGUUGAGGUAGCAGGAUUGACCGAGGAGCAGGCUGAAUUUCGAAAUGCAGUGACAGAGUUCGCGCAGAGGGAGAUUGCCCCAAGGGCCGCAGAGAUUGAUAGAAGCAAUAAUUUUCCUUCUGAUGUAUGGGAGAAACUUGGAAACAUGGGACUACUAGGUGUAACUGUCUCGUCGAAAUACGGAGGUCUAGAGCUUGGUUAUUUCCACCACACACUCGCUAUGGAAGAAUUAUCGCGGGCGUCGGGUUCAGUAGCACUUUCGUAUGGUGCCCACUCGAAUUUGUGUGUGAACCAAAUUCAUCGUCAUGGAACGGACGCGCAGAAGGAGAAAUACCUGCCCGACCUUGUCUCAGGGAAGAAGGUUGGUAGUUUGGCUAUGAGCGAGCCGGGAAGUGGGAGUGAUGUUGUGAGCAUGAAGUUGAAAGCAGACAAGAUCGACGGAGGGUGGUUACUCAAUGGCAACAAGUUCUGGAUCACCAAUGGACCGACUGCCUCAACACUUGUCGUAUAUGCUAAAACUGCUCCUGAAAAGGGUUCCAAGGGCAUCACAGCAUUCAUCAUCGAGAAUACUUACAGGGGUUUCUCAACCCACCAGAAAUUAGACAAGUUCGGCAUGAGAGGCAGCGACACUUGUGAACUGCUCUUUGAAAAUUGCGAGGUCCCAGAAGAAAAUGUUCUUGGGCAGGUGAACAGGGGUGCCGCAGUCCUUAUGUCUGGUCUUGACCUAGAGCGCCUCGUGCUGAGUGGAGGCCCCCUAGGCUUAAUGCAAGCUGCUUUCGACUAUGCCGUUGAGUACGUUCAUGAUAGGAAGCAGUUUGAUGCUCCUAUUGGUACAUUUCAAUUGAUGCAAGGAAAAAUCGCCGACAUGUAUACGAGUAUUGGUGCCAGUCGAUCUUAUGUCUAUGCUGUUGCGCGAGCAUGUGACCAGGGCCAUAUUAGUCGCAGGGACUGUGCUGGAGCUAUUCUCUACUCGACUGAGAAAGCUGUAGAGGUUGCGCUUGAGGGAAUGCAGUGUCUAGGCGGUAACGGCUAUAUCAACGAAUAUCCUAUGGGGAGGAUCCUUCGUGACUCGCGACUGUAUACUGUUGGUGCUGGGACGCAAGAAAUUAGGCGUAUGCUUAUCGGAAGAGAAUUUAACGAACAAUUUAAAGCUUAGGUAAUUCAAAUUAUGUCUAUAGAAUAUCUACUGAACAUGUUAUACGGACUGUGCCU